GUUAAGGAUUGUAUCUCAUGACAUCUAGGGUACAUUCAUGUUCUGAGGCGCUUGGUGUAGGUAGGUAAGUAAACGACACGGAUCAGCAACCAGAUACUCUCCUUUUUCGGGUUCAGACGUACUGUCUACUUACUAUGUUCAUUACCGAAGUAAAAAUAAUUGGCUGCAACCAUGCAUGCGGGGUUCAUCUAGAUACUUCUAUACCUACUAUAAACGUAACAUCGCAUUCUAGUCUCUCUGUUUCUCAUCUAUUUCGACACAAGUAGUCCGGGAUUUGACCCCAUCGUGCAACCAUGACCGGCUCUCGCGAACUCGAACCCUCACAAGUUCCAUUCUUCCCCACCAUAUUCUUCAACAACCAGUUCAAAGCCAAACCUCAGUGGCCUACAAAGGACAAGAAUCUUAUAGGGAAGACUGCUAUCGUCACUGGGAGCAAUACUGGUCUAGGCUAUGAAGCCGCGGUCCAGCUAUUGGAGUUGAAGCUGUCGCAUUUAAUUGUAGCUGUUCGCUCAGUCGAAAAGGGGUUGCAAGCUGCAACACAAAUGAGAGCAAAAUAUCCCGAUGCAAAGAUCGAUGUUUGGGCUCUUGACUUAUGCUCAUACGAUUCUAUCCAGUCUUUUGCCGAAAAGGCGGACAAGGAGCUUGGGCGCCUUGAUAUAGUGAUACUCAACGCGGGUCGUGCUCGCAUGGAGCACCACAAAGUUGAAAGCACCGGCCACGAAGAAAGUUUCCAGGUCAAUUAUCUCUCUACGAUCUUUCUUCUUAUCCUUCUUCUCCCGUCGCUGAAAUUCAAGCGUAUUGCCGGCCACCCAGCCCACGUCACCAUCGCCGGUGCCGCAUUAACAUUGGAUGCCAAGUUCAUUCACAGAAACGCGGUUCCGCUUUUCGCAUCUCUAGAUGCCCCCGAGAAUUUCGACCGAGAUGAUAGCUACCGCGUAACCAAGCUGUUAGCUCAGAUGUUUUUGUGGACUCUAGUUGAUUACGUAUCUGCCGACGAUGUCAUUAUCAAUAUCGCUGAUCCUGCCUUCGUUCGCGGCACUAGCCUUGCACGCGAUCUAAAAGGGUCUUUGGUGUUCAGAACACUGUUCAGUCUGUUCGGGUACAUUGCCGGACGUAGUCCAAGAGUUGGCGCCUCGUGUUAUAUUGAUGCUGUGGUCAACAAAGGGAAGGAAUCCCACGGGUGCUUCCUGAUGUCUUGGGAGUCCCACCCCUUUCCAGGUCUCUUGUACACGGAUGAUGGCAAGACAGCGACGCAGAGAGUUUGGGAGGAAACAAUGGCAGAGUUUGAAUUUUCGAGCGCUCGUCAAAAGAUUGAGUCCAUGAAGGAAUAGUAUAUGCUGGGCUGUUGGUGGCUUGACUCGACUCUUUAUACAAAUGGUCUGCCAGCCCAGACCAACUAUGCCUCUAAGGUCUGUUUCAAGAAGCGAAGUCUGUAUAACCUCACUUUUCAAUAUUGCCUGCAUGUCUCUGAAAGAUCAUGAACAGCCUGCAAUGGCCUUUCGUACGGCCGAAGUGCAAGGCGAACUGCAUAUUCAGCUAGUAUAGCUUGUA